CUGAGCUCGAGCCUCGGCGUUUCGGCUCACAAUCAACCUCAGCUCUCACGUUCUCUGAGCGGCGUGCAUACCCAUGAUUUAUCCCCUUGAUAGAGUAACCCCUCGAUUGCCGUACCAAACCCACGGUUUACAGGGAGUGCAUGACCUGUAGCGACACCCUGUAAUUAAGCGAAGAACGCUGAAAUCUGUCUGCUGCGUUGUCGUCUAGGUACCUUAGGCAGCCUCGGGCAGCCCUAGCGCCUCGCUUCAGCGCCGCCCUUCCCGUCUGACUGGUGUACAAGCGAGCCGUGUUUGAAUUUCCAGCCUCCCUGUCCACCGUUUCAAUAUUUCUCGAGUCGAUGAAGAAAGUCUCCUAACCUCAUGGCGACCAAUCUAUUGGUUUGUCUGGAGUGCUUACCUUCACUUGGUAAAACCAUGAGAAGACUCUUCCGACUUCACAUUGGUAACUGUUCGCCCUCAACGUUUUUGAUGCUCUCCAUCGACGCUUGCUGGAGGACGUGGCCAGUGCUGUGUACGAUCGUCGCUCCAAACACUCAUGUUAUUGUUCUAUGGCUGUCAAGUCUGUGUAGCUUAUUCUUCAGCAUCUGCAAGCAUAAUUGGCACUCCAUAAAGCUUGUAAACUCACCGAAAUACGCGAUAUCCACUCAUCAUACACCAGGCUCUCCUCGCUGCCAUGUCCUCCUUCUGUUUCUACACUAUCCUUGCUCCAGCAGAAUUUUUAAGCGGCCGUAGUUUAACACAUAUAUACCCUCACUAUUCUGGACCGCACGAUUUUGGAAACUGGCAAUGGGCAUCUUAACAAUCGGGUUGAUCAGGACGGAUGCCGCAUCGCUUGUGUAAUCUACCCUGGCAUGCAACACUCCCCCUUACAAUAGCUGCCCGGUACCAUUAAAUGUCGGAAACCAAGGGAAAGAUUGGAAACCUAGCAAGGUUGAACUCAGCUACCAAUCACAUCAAUCGGGCAAUGGGUUUGAAAUAUCGACAAUCCGAGGACCGCCUACGAUCCUUGACAGACUUAAACACCCUGCCUGGGUGGACGUCCCCCACGGACGGCCCGCACUUCCAAUAGCCCAACACAAGCUUUAAGCUUCUUCCACAACGAUGAUAGCAAGCUUCAGGUACUCAUUCCUAGGUCUCAUCAAGGGAGAUUACCUUUCUGUAAUUAUCACAAUAGUAAUAGCAAGCUGUCCUAUGCUAUUGAGAUACCGCAAGAGCUUCAUAGCAGUCGAUAUCCGUGGCACUAAUUUCUACACCUCAUCUUCCAAUUAUAUGGCCGAGGUGAAAGUUUUCCCCACGAUCUGGCAAAAUCGCCAUGAUUUCAAGACCACGUGGCACCUAGUUGAAGCCAGACCCAAAGUCUAUUCCACCACAUCCUCCAGACACAAACUGUGACACUCAAUAUUCCCCACCCUCGAAAUCAUUUCGUUGGCAUUGCCAAGCAGCAACGAUGUUUACUUUUCCGUGUAACUCACUUACUCGCGUGCAGUGUCGCACAAACAAACUACCUACCGAUACAACCACUACCACAGGCGAACCAGAAUUGCUUGUUUCGACCAAGAAUACGCAUGCCAAGACCUCAUUGUCAACAUCACCGUCUAUGAUUAGGUCAUAGAUCAGUCGGAUUAUUUCCAGUAUUAAUAGACUUUAUUAGUGCUGGAAAACUCUUGGUGUCCGGCAGAUAGGUAUUGAGAAAAAGUAAGGCCGCGGUGUUUGGGCAACCAGGAAUGACAAGCCUGAGUGAUCUGCGGGGAGACUGUAUUGACUUUUGUAGAUCGACGCGGGAUGAGAAGUUUAUUUUUCGGGUAUAAAUCCCCACAGACCGCUCUCCCCCCUCUCUUUGGAUGACAGUGUCUUUGCUGCAUUAUUAUUCCUCUUCAUCGAUCAAACAUUGUGGCGCUGUCUGUCUUGAAUGUACUCGUAUCGUAGUACCUUGUGUUUAUAUAUGCCACAAUGGCAAAGCACCAAGAUCCAGAGAAGUUCGCGACAGAUGGUCAGCCCGGCUCGCCAGUCAAGGGAGACACGAUCGUACAUGAAACGAAGUCGGCGCCGGGGAGAAGCCUGUUCAACGGCACAAUCAAGUUGACGACAAGCAAAGGGCGCAAGCAGGAAGUUGUGCUUAUUCCUCAGCCAACAGUUGAUCCAAGAGGUACGCAAGACGUCCUCAUCCAUCUUUCGACGGGAUAUUUAAAACCCCAUCUCGUACCUUAUCAUCUGAUUUGCGCGUGUUUGUCAUGAAACCAGACUGGUCGUGCCUCCUGCCUACCCUCAAGCAUGCAGCUCAACUCCUUGCGUUCCCCCAUGUAGCCUGGAUCGCACUCAUGAAUGGCGUGAUUAUUGGCUUCGACAUCUCCAUCAUCAUAACCUACGGGCCCAUCCUCGUCGCACCGCCCUACAGCUGGCCGGAGGCGUCCGUCUCGCUCACGCAAGUCGGGCAAUUCCCCGUAGCAUUUAUAGCAAUUCCACUUUUAGGGUGGUUCGCGGAUCGGUCAGUGGUGUGGAUGGCGAAGAGGAAUAAAGGCGUUCAUGAGCCGGAGUUUCGGUUGUUGACCUUGGUUUUCCCCCUGGUACUGUGCAUGAUCCUGCUGAUUGUGUAUGGACUUGGAGCGCAGUAUCCAUUCAAGUAUCAUUGGAUGGCGAUUGUGUUCCCGCAAGAUGUUAUUCUGCUUGUGCUGUUUGCAUUGAAUACUGUUGGAUUGACUUACCUACUUGACGCGCAUCCGCAGCGGGCGGGGCCGAUUUGUGUCGUUAUUUGCGUUUGUAGAGGGUUGAUAAGUUUUGGCGUGUCGAGGAAUACGGUUACCUACGUGGAUAACGUUGGCUAUUUAAACUUAUUUGGGAUUUACACGGGCAUGGUGGGUGUUUUUGCCUUGACGGGCGUGGCCAUUUUUGUCUGGGGGAAGAAGUUGAGAAUGUUCUGUGCGAGAUGGGCGAAUUGAACGGUGGGGAAUGGGUUUGUGAGAGAAUUGUGAAGAUCGUCUUGCAUUUCUAGUAUUUUUUUGGUUUCAGGUGGAGAUGAGGAACUUUGAUCUAGUCAUUUGCAAAGUAACUUUAAAUGCAGUAUGUUUCGUUUCAUGUCUUUAU